AUGGACUGGGGAAAGUAUGCUAAAAUUGGAAUCCUAGCCGGAGUACUUGCAACAAAGUGGGCUCUACAAAAGGCACCCGAGGAUCAGAUGCUGGAGUUAAACCUCUUUGCCAGUGAACGAGGACCGUUUAUACUGAACAUGUGUCAACUUGGCAGUCCCCUACAGCUUUGGAUAAAACAUCGUGAGGACAUGGCUGAGGACUUAAAGUAUACAGUUCAACAGUCAAACUCAAAUAUCAAUAUUGAAAUUGAGGAUCAAGUUUUGGCCAUGGGAAUUGCUGUGUUCAAGGAAUAUAAUUUGAAACGCCACUUUCAAACGAAGCACGCCAAUUUUGGACACAAUUUAUCAAAACAAGAACUGCAAAAGAAAGCAAAUGAUCUGACAAAACGUUUGAAGCAACAGCAAAAUGUGUUUGAUAAAACUUCCUCUUUACAAAGGAACGCGACAAAGGCAAGUUUUAUAUUGGUCAACAAAAUUGCAAAGCAAAACAAGUCAUUCGCAGAAGCAGAAUUUAUCAAAGAUGAUAUGGUUGAUGCUGUCAGCGUUGUGUGUCCUGAAGUUAAGUCAAAAGUGGAAGCCAUUUCCCUGUCACGAAGAACUAUUGUUCGUCGCAUUGAUGCAAUUGCCGUGAAUAUUCAUGAACAGCUGUUAACAGCCAGUAGUCGAUUUCAGUGGUUUUCUAUUGCUUUAGAUGAGAGUACUGAUAUUCAGGAUACUGCUCAGUUACUCAUUUACAUCAGAGGAAUUGACGAAAACUUUGAAAUUACAGAGGAAUUGUUAUCUAUGGAGUCUCUCAAAGACACUACUACUGGAAAAGAUUUGUUCAACAGUGUCAUUAACAGUUCAAUCAGGUCCGGAUUAACCCUAAAUAAACUGGCCAGCAUUACAACCGAUGGAGCUCCUUCACUCACCAGUAAACAUUCCGGCCUUGUGAAGUUGUUGAAUGACAAAAUCAAAGAAGAUUUUCCACUACACAGUGUGUUGUCUUUUCACUGCAUCAUACAUCAAGAAAGCCUUUGUAAGUCAUCUUUAAAACUCAAACAUGUCAUCGAACCUGUGGUGCGUGCAGUGAAUUUAAUAAGAUCACGGGGAUUGAAACACAGGCAAUUCCGAAGUUUCUUGGAGGAUGUGGAGGCUGAUUUUACUGAUGUGCUGUACUACACAAAUGUCCACUGGUUAAGCAUUGGAAAAGUUCUUAAGAGAGUAUGGGACCUCAAAGCAGAGAUUCUUAUGUUUCUCAAAAUGCAAGACAUCUCCUGUGACUUUUUAAACGAAAUGGAGAGUGACGAAUGGGUUUGUGAUUUUGCAUUUGCUGUGGACAUAAUGCAGAAGCUGAAUGAACUUAACACAAAACUGUAA